CGUAAUUUGGGGGCGAGACUACCGUAGGGGACAAUUCUGUCAGCUUCGUAGGAUUUGACCAAUGCGAUUCGUUUCAUAUUCCUUGCAUUUAUCAUCCCACCCACCCUUCCACCUCCUUCUACCCCUUCAAAGAAAAACGCAACCUUCCUCCUUCCACAACUUCUUCCUUCUCUGUUACAGAUCCAAGUUGCAGAGGGCAACAAGGAAAACGACCGUCUCUGUAGAUCUCGGCGCGGGGCGACGUUUACCGGGAGGCAACGAGAACGCGUUUACCCACCUCUUUUCGUCGUUCACGGUUAUCCUCUCUGCAUGUUCAUCGGCAUGGCACCCGUGAAGAAGAGGUCCAGGCGAACUAAGAAAACCACAGCCGUAUCUCCAUCCAUGGUUCCUGCCUCCGACGACCAAGCUUUGAGGCCAUUUGAGAACCCAGCGCAUGGACUAGGAGUUACGACGGGAUUUGUGGAGAGCCCGACGUCGAAGAUGAAGCCCGGUGGCAUUGACGUCCUCAUGCAAAUGGGCCUACUCCAAAGGCGACGGCGUGGGGAUCUGGUGACGCACAUUGACAAAACUAUAACCAAUUCAGCGGUGCAGGGAUCCAUGUCUUCGGCCGAUGCAGUCGUUGCCGGAAUCCACCGUCAUCUUGAGGAGAUGGAGAAACGCAUCGAGGGUCAGCUACUGGCGAUUGAGCGCAGAGUUGAUGCAUUGUGCGCGCACUCUGGAGUGUUGGACGGAGGGUCAUCCUCGUCGGGUGCAUUGCGUGAAUCGCCUAAGUUAUAAUAUAAUUGUUUGCUCAAUGAACGAACUAGGGACGUACUUGUAUUCGGCAACGACAUCAAAUACUCGUUUUCCUUUUGACGUUUUGGUGGCUUUCCUAACUCUGGGUCCGAUUGAAAUUGUACCGCUCUCUGCUGGACGCAGUAUGCGCAUGAUAUGUUUUUGCCAUUGACGGUUGUUAACAUUUUAUAUUCGGCA